UCAAAAUGAGCAUCGGCGCCAUCGAGACCUUCGAAGGUGUGCCCUUUGGCGGCAACCUGAACCAGAAAGGCCCCGCGGAACGAAUAUAUGACCCCAUGCCAAAGCCCGUGUUUAGAAACCGUAUUGAGAAACUCAGAUUGUUGCAGUUCGAGCAUGACACACUGGAGAGACAGUAUUUCAAGGACAGGGCAGCACUUGAAGCCCAGUUUCAACAAUCUUGUCUACCUCUGCACAAUCAGAUUUUUGAUAUCGUGAAUACUGUUCCUUAUUUUUGGCUCAAAGCUUUGACCAACAACAAAGUGCUACGUGCCAAGAUUACUGAGAACGAUGAACGAGCUCUUAAGUUUCUUAGAGACAUCAAGUGGUCUAAAACAGAUAGCCAAAGGGGGUUUGGUUUCAAGCUUGAUUUCUUCUUUGACAGCAAUCCUUUUUUUCAAAAUCCUGUCUUAACAAAAACUUAUGACAUGAUUGAUGAAGAUUUACCCAUUUUAAGAAAAGCAAUAGGGACUGAGAUAGAAUGGUAUAGUAGAACACUUUUGACACCAAAUCUCAAUGAGAAGAGGCUUUACGAGGGCACUAACAAUUGGGGAAGUUUCUUCAACUUUUUCAGUCCACCCCAAGUCCCCAAAGUUAUAGAUGGAAAAACGGCCAAGGAAAUCCAAAACCUUAUGGAACAAGAUUAUGAAAUUGGGUCAGCCAUUCGAGAGGUCAUUCCCCAUGCUGUGUCAUGGUUUGCAAAUAAUGGACCAACUUCUGCCACCUCUCUCCUCGGUAGUUCACCUAUCAGAAUAACCAAUCUUGCCUCAGGAGGAAUUCUCAACGACCAGGCAGUGCUAGUGAGCGCUUUCAAUGAUAAGAUGCAGAUUUUAGAUGGGCAGGACUCCGUGAUCCUCAGGGGCCUUGGAAAUAUCCAGAAGAAACUUGAUAAACUGGAGGAUGAGUUUUUCAAAAAGAGAGGAGCACUUAGAGCCAAGUAUGAAGAAUUGUAUGAAGCUCUCUACAACAAGCGAUGCAGUAUUGUAAACGGUGAUGCUGGACCUGAAGGAGAUUCUGAUGAAGCUGCCACAAAGCAGGAGCCUGCAACCUGUAAAUGCACUUGUGUAAAAGCUGUUACUGAACCAGAUUUAGUUGCUUUCAUACGCUCUAGAGCAAAUGGAGUGCCUGGAUUCUGGCUCCAUGCUUUUUCAAAAAAUAACUUGCUAACACGAGAGAUUAUUGGGCGUGACACAGAAGCUCUUGCAUAUCUUAGAGACAUCAAGGGGUCCAAGAUAGAUGGUGACAAUAAGGGAUUUAAACUCGACUUCUAUUUUGAACCUAAUAACUUUUUUAUGAACCCGGUUUUGACCAAGACAUAUCAUAUGGUUGAUGAAGGUGUACCCAUUCUAGCAAAAGCAAUAGGGACGGAAAUUGAAUGGUAUCCAGGUCGUUGCUUGACAAAGACCCCCAUUAAGAAGAAUAGUAAGAAAGGAUCUUUUCCCAAAGGAACUGAAUAUCGUAAAAGUUUCUUCAACUUUUUCAGUACGCCUCAAGUCCUUGAAGAUAUUGAUGCUGUUAGAAACCAAAUGAAAAUAGAUUAUGAAAUUGGGUCAACAAUUCGAGACAUGAUCAUCCCCUAUGCUGUUUCUUGGUUUACGGGGGAGGCUUGGAGAAGUAGGGAUGAAUACAGUGACACUGAGGAUGAUGAUGAUGAAGAUGACGAUGAUGAUGAAGAUGAUGAAUAGAUGAAAAGACAAAAAGAAAAAGAAAAAAGGAAAUGCGCACGAAAAUAGUUUCUACAGGUUCGAAGUUAUGUCAUUAGCUAGAUAUGGAGUCGUCAAACUCUACUAUUGACUGAUUUCCUUCUUAGGGACAUGGAAUUUGUGCAAUGAUUAUUUCCUUGAAGCUUGUUUCUUUUAAUUUUUUUAUGGAGCAAUUAUUGACGCCUUUUCUAUGGAAAGGCAAGAUUUUGUCUUUGGAAGACAUCUCAUAAGACCUUGAAGAUGAAUACUGGCCAAAG